AUGAAGGCCCCCCAAGCCCUCCUGGUUUGCUCUUCUUUGGCGUGGCUGCUUCAACCGGGCUCCUUCCAGCCUUACCUUCGGCUCCGCCCUUCCCCGAGCGACAACCUACCCAUCAAGGAUAUUAUCGAGCACCCGGAUCCCGAAUACGACCCCAAGGAGCAAGAUUUGGACGACCGGACUUUACGCAAGAAGCUGGGCAGCCACUUUGACCCCAACUUCAUGGCGGUGGCGGCACCGGCUCAAGGCAACCUCUCUAGCUUGGAGCCUUUGCACAAGUUCAAAGGUCAGGGGGCUUUGCCCGGGGAGCUGAAAAAGCUGGACCUGGCCGAGACGCCCUAUAGGACCAAGGUCAAGAUAGGUAAAAAAGCCAGGCGGAAAUUCCUCCAGUGGCUUUGGGCUUACACCUACUGUCCGGUUAUGUAUACCUGGAAGGACUUGGGCAGCCGUUUUUGGCCUAGGUACAUCAAGGAAGGGAACUGCAUGGCCGAACGGUCUUGUUCCUUCCCGGAGGGCAUGUCCUGCAAACCCAUCAAAUCAGUCACCAAGACGUUCUUGAGAUGGUACUGCCAAGGAUGGUCCAAGCAGAAAUAUUGCACGUGGAUCCCCGUCCAGUAUCCGGUGAUUUCAGAGUGCAAAUGCUCCUGUUAAUUCUGGGGGAGAGAGGGGAAGGUGGAGGACUUGGGGUGGGGGUGGGGGAAACGUGCUCCCCCCACACACACUCCUGGAUGGAUCACGCAGCAUGCGCGAUGGAGAUGGGGGCUUUAGCUCCCCGAGAGCCUCCGCUAAUGCUUUUGAGAUGUGGGGAAAGGAGGAGAGGAGGACGUGAGGUUGCACUCCAUCCCUACACCCGGGUUCCAUCCGGAAGGCAGGCUGAAGCAUCCGGAGAAGGUGGCUAGGAACUCAAGCCGCCUGGGUGAACGGACUUGACAGGUGC